AAAAAUAAUAAUAAUCCAUUGUUUUAAUAAUGAAAAAUGUGUGGAAAAUUAUUGCGCAUUUUUUUGGUGAAAAUCUUAAAAGUCGCAUGCUACAAUAAAAAAUAUAUCAAGUGGUGUGCUCGUCGUUGUGCGAUUUUUGUUCGUUUUUUCGGUGCGUUCGUUCGUUCGUUUGUUCUUUCAUGAAUUAAACACUUAUAAAUGUCGUGCGAGGACAAUUAUAAAUAAUAUUUCAAUUAACUGGCGCUCAACAUUCAACAAGUACUUUAACGCGUUUCAAGUUCAAGUGUGUGUGUGGCGCUCAAUCAUACGAAAUGUGUUCACGACGUGUCAAGAACCUCAAACAAAUAAUGAAUAACAGUAACACAAGUAAAACUACUUUGAAAACAAAUGUACAAAUGAAAGUGAUUGAAUUGAUUAUGGAAAAUCUAGUGGAGCCUACCACGCGAGCUAAUAAAGCGUGCAAUAAUUCAAGCUUGCCUAAUGGGCGCAUAGCAGUAACUAAAACGUCAACUGAUACUAGUCCAUUGUACAAGAAGCUACUCUCCUUUACUUUGUUAACAAUGCUGUACUUCGUCUUCUCUUUGCUCGCGCCGGCUUUAAUAGAAGCAGCUCCCGUACCUUGGAUUAACGCUUGCGGCUAUGAGCUCGCAUAUGACGGUGCGAAUGAGCAACCUGCUAAUACAACCUUGGGUCGUGAGGAAAGACGUGUGGUUUUAUGCCAACUACGUGGAAAUUUGACCAAACAAAUGAGAACCCUCAAACCAUAUAUGGCUCCUAAAAACUUUUCAGAAGUUUGGGAUAAACACCAACAUACGUAUGAAUUUCUCAAAAUAACUAGAAAAAACAAAGUUACAGUUCCAUGGCACGAAGUCGAUUACGACGACCAAUUAAAUGAGAUCGCUUUAGUCACUUGGCAUAAGCAAUUGCAAGUUUAUGCUCUUACAGUUCGCCAUUUACUUGAUCGCGCUAUAAAUUAUAAAAACUUACAAAGUACAAUUAUUCAUGCCAAUAAAAGUGUGAACCAAGCUGAAAUAGAUUUUCAACGGCUGCAACAUCUCAAUAACGUGAUUCGUGGUAUGCUCUGUGAUGUCGAAAUGACUGCCAGUUUAGUGAAAGGACCUGACCGUAAUACAACAAUAGAUGUGAUUGCCGCAGAAGCGCGUAUACAACUUAAAUCGGAGAAGCGUUCGCCUGAAGAAGGAAUCGAUCAAGUUGAUAUUGAUAUGGUUUAUUCUAAAUUUCGAACAUCCAUAUUGAACAUGCGAAACAUUAUAAAUGAAAAGAAUAAAUGUGCUCGGAAUGGAAAGCGCACAAUAAAGUCUGGACGUAAAACCAAAAGAAUCAGGAAAGAUUAACAACGGAGAGCUAAAUAUGAGUUACACAGAAUUCGACGUAAAUUCUACAGCAAGAACAAUGCACAAAAUUUAUUUCAUGCACAAAAUCAGUUAUAUAUGCCAUUAUUAAAUAUACUUAUCAUAAUUAUAAGAAAAUUUCUCGAUAUAUUCGAAACUCAGGCAUUAUUAUAGUGAUGAUUAGAUACAUCACAAUCAUUACAAUUAAAUUAUAAUAUAUUUAAAAGCAUCGCUUUUCUAAUUUUUAAAACUUUAUAAAUUAGUGCUUUCACU